GGAAGAGGGGGAGUGGGGAAAGAGGAAGCAGCUUCGGUAUUUAGAGCGAAUAUAAAUAGCCUAGCUGUGUGGUUCCCAACCGCAGCCUCCCUGAACAUCUCAGUGGGCAGGGUUCCUCAGCUGUCUGUCUGUCUGUCUCCCCAUCCUGACCAGGGACAGAGGAGAGCAGCCUGGCAAGGUUUUUAACUGUGCCACUCCCCCCAGCACAUACGUACCUCCACAUACGUAAAUACACAAUAUAUAAUACUCACACUUGGACAUACACACAUAUAUAAACACACACAUUCCACUUAGAUACGGAGCGUCUAUCCGCACACAUCCCACAGCCUGGGAGUCCCGGAGCCAAACAUGAGGACCGGCACUUUCAUCCUAGUCCUAACCACCGUGGCCACGGUGAGCCCCCAGAGGAGGAGGGCCGAGGGCGGCGCCCACCGCCGUUACCACCGGGUCCAGCACGGUCAGUGCAGCUACACGUUUGUGCUGCCGGAGCCCGAGCCGUGCCCGCCAGGGCCGGAGGCCUUUGGCGGCAGCGCCAACACCCUGCAGCGGGACUCCCCGGCAGAAGCGCUUCAGGGGAAUGACUGGUCGGCCCAGAGGGUGCAACAGUUAGAGCGGGUCCUGGAGAACAACACUCAGUGGCUGCUGAAGCUGGAGAGCUACAUCCAGAUGAAUAUGAAGUCAGAGAUGGUUCAGAUCCAACAGAAUGCAGUCCAGAACCAGACGGCUACCAUGCUUGAACUUGGCACCAACCUACUCAACCAGACAGCCCAACAAACAAGAAAACUCACCGAUGUGGAAGCCCAGGUACUGAAUCAGACAUCCAGAAUUGAGCUCCAGCUGCUUGAGAACUCACUGUCCACCAACAAACUAGAGAAGCAGCUGCUCCUGCAAACAAAUGAAAUCCACAAACUGCAGAAUCGGAACAGCGUGCUGGAGACUCGGGUGCGGGCCAUGGAGAGCAAGCACCAGAGCGAGCUGGAAGGCAUCCGGGGCGAAAGGGAGAAGCUGCGGCGCCUGGUGAACCGGCAGAGCAGCACCCUGGAGGGCCUGGAGAGGAGCCUGCAUGCAGCCAACAGCAACACCAGCCUCCUGCAGAGGCAACAGCGGCAGCUUCUGGACUCUGUGCAGCGCCUGGUGCACAUCGUCUCCAGCGGCAAGGCUCUGCUACAGAAGGAUGAGCGUUCCUUCCAGGACUGCUGGGAAAUCCGCCUCUCCGGGGUCAACGUCAGUGGCGUCUACACCAUCCAUGUGGCCAACUGGACGGAGCCCAAGAAGGUAUACUGUGACAUGGAGACUAGUGGUGGGGGGUGGACUCUCAUUCAGAGACGAGUGAAUGGCAGUGUAAAUUUCCAAAGGAACUGGAAAGAUUACAAACAGGGCUUUGGCGAUGCUGCUGGGGAGCACUGGCUGGGCAAUGAGGCGCUGCACCAGCUCACCAGGCAGGCGUCCUAUGCCCUGAGGGUGGAGCUGCUGGACUGGGAAGGGAACCAGGCUCACGCCCAGUAUGAGCGGAUCCAGCUAGGGAGUGAGCAGCAGUUCUACAGGUUGACACUGAAGGACUACAGUGGUACAGCCGGACACCAGAGUGGCUUGGUCCUCCAGGGCACCAACUUUAGCACCCGAGAUUCUGACAAUGACAACUGUCUUUGCAAGUGUGCUCAGAUGCUGUCUGGAGGAUGGUGGUUUGAUGCCUGUGGACUCUCCAACCUCAAUGGUAUUUAUUAUCCAGCCAAGCACAAUGUCAGAAAACUCAACGGUAUCCGGUGGCACUACUUCCAGGGCCCCAGCUAUUCCCUCCGGGCUACCCGCAUGAUGGUGAGGCCCACGGACUUCUAGAACUAGAGUGCAGCUCGGGAAGGCACCAGUGGCAAUCAGGGGAUGGAGACCACCCCCCUACAGUGGAGAAAUACCCGCAUCUCAGCAAACCGAAGGGCAAUUGAGAUGCCGGAGGUUUGCCUGGAGGAGGAGCGGGACCCUAACAGACCAUCAGAUCCCACAAAUUAGUCUGGACUCCUCAAAACAGGACUGUCUUGGACAGCAUCAAGAUGCUGCAGUCGGCCAGCCUGUCUGUCUCUGAAGGCAUUGGUGCUAGAGCUCAGAUUCUUGGGGGUCCCUCCCCUGGGAAAGGUCCCACAAUGGAGCAGAGUUCCCUGGGACACAGGCCCCACUUUGGGGGGGAGGCUUCCUCUUACCUUCUAUUGAUCCCAUCUAAUUCAGUUUCUGCCCUGCCCUCUCUGUCCCACCAUCUCCCAUCCUGCCCAUUGUCCUUUCCCUCCUCAGUCUGGGCGGCCCCGGCUUCCCUUCAGUGCUGCCCUCCAGGAUCCUCAUUUCAUGGCCAGAGGAGCUGGCUCCACUUCUCUCCCCAACCACCCACACACACUUUAAUUAGAUCCAGAGAAUCCUCUUCAUUCAAAAAGCCCAGCCUUUGGAGUCCUUGGUUUCUGCUGGUCUCCUGGGCUUGGCGUCCCAGCAGCGUGACUGGCCUGCUGAGCAGGAGGGGAAAGGAGGGAAGAAGGGGGAGCCCCCGAGGGUUUUACCUUGGAGAUACUGGGAGACCUCUCCUUAGCACAGGUUUCCGGACCCCCUCUCAGAAACGCCCAACAACCCCUGUGUGUCCCCAGAAGCAGAUGGGAGAGCCUGUUGUGGGCAGCAGGGUCUGGGCAAAGGGAACUGGUGGGCUCAGAGAGAAAGGAAAGUGAAAGGAAACAAUACAACCUAGAGAACAGGGAGUGAGAGGGGUGGGAAGCUGAACCCUGAGGAGUCUAGCCAUGCUCUGCCUGGGGACGGGGGGAGUAGAAGCCGGAGGGCCACCGAGGUACCCAGCCCAUGGUUUUCCCCAAAGGAUUAAACCAUAACUUUAUAACCAGUCAUUUUCAGGCCAGGCCAGCUUUAUUUGGAUCAGGCAACUACCCAGGCAACAAAAAUAUGCAAGAGAUACAAUUGGUCCAGACCACCGCCCUCCCCCAUGCAGUUCUCCUCUAUCUAUGAUAAUUCCCCUCCUCAUUUUCCCACUGCCUUGUGCUCUCCUCACAUCCUCCCAAAUCUACUUUCUGGAAAAGAGGUGAGAUGUCAUCACUAAUCUUUCUCUAAAAUGAUCCAGCCCUGUGUUCCCUCUCUCAGGGGGACUUACGGCCUUAAUAUGGCCACUGUUGAGGGGGAGGGAAAGCAAAAGGAAGAGAGAGAGAGACACAAAGGGCUUUGUCCCCUUUAGAGGGAUAGCAAACAGACAGGGAAGGUCCAAAGGUACAGGAGGCCUCCUUUUCUGUCUGUAGGUCAGGCUAGCUCUGUGUUCCUGAGGAGCACAGAGGAACAAACCCCAUACUACCUUUCAAGUACUCACAAUCUAGUUGGAGACAGCAGCUCCAUUAAGCAGACAGAAAAAAGGGAGACAGAUAUAUAUAUAUAUUCUUGGUGCUGUGGAAAGAUCAAUGGUUCAAAGGAUUAUCUGUAAAAAUGAAAGGAUCUGGGGUCCCUUUGAUUUCCAGAUACAUGAGUAUGAGAUUUGGGUAAUAGUCUGUGAGACUUUUUUUAGCGCUAGUAAGGUACAGAUCAGAUCACAGGUAUUCCAAGAAGGAAAAAUCAGCUGAGUUUGGAAUAAUCAGAGGUUUCCAAAGGAGAGGGCACAGGAUAGAUUGAGAAAGACUAGAAUUGUGUGCAGAAGGAAGAGUAAGAUUUGGGCCAAGAGGGCAAGAGAAAACAGAAGUUGGUAAAACUUUUUUCCCCUUGAUUCAGAGAUGGCUUGACAUGUAUGUCAGAGUUAGGACCCCAAAGACCAUUGAGCCAAAUUUUAUUUGCUUGGAGGUGAGACAGCAUGAUAUUUAUAGGAUUGAGGUUUAAGUGGGAAUCUCAUCUCCGCUACUUACCAGCUACUAGACCUUGGACAAAGAGUAAUCUCCUUGGAUCUGAGUUUCUUCAUUUGUCAACUUCAUUUGUAAAAUGGGGUGAACUAGAUGAACUCUCUCAAGGCCCUUCCAGCUUGAAAUAUAUUAUCUUAAAUUUUAAUGGGGAUAAGUGUAAAAUCCUACUUUUGUGGUUCAAAAAAUAAACUUUACAAGUACAAGAUGGA